AUGGUGCAAGGAAAGAAAGCUAGCGAUAUGUCCAACGGCGGUUCGAAGUAUCAGACCAAUAUGUCAAACCAGCGAAAGGACAUGGUCGAUUCUCGGGCAGGUGUUAAUAAAGCACAAAACGGAAAUUCUGCUUCGUUCCGAACGGACAGUGCCAUUUCAGGCAGUAAGGGCCAAGGAGAGCGCGUGCUGCAAAGAUGGGUGCCCGAUGCGCCAGAAGCUGAGGAUGGCUCCCUGGAAUCCACGCGAAAGGCAGGUCCAGUAUGGGAUCAAUUUGCUGAGAAUGAGCGCCGCUUUGGCCUCAAGAGUGAUUAUGACGAAAACAUCUACACCACGCCAAUUGACAAGAGCCAUCCUCAAUACAAGCAACGUGUUGCGGACGCGGACAAGAAGGCGAAAGAGAUUGAGCGAAGUGUCACCACCAACGUUCAUGUUGCUGAAGAGCGUAUCACAGACAAUCUGACAGCAGAUAGUAGUGGUCUUGACGAAGAGGACAAGUACAGUGGGGUCCGACGGCCACAGGAUUUCCCACCUCUCAGUUCCAGCACAAAUAACAGCAACAAGUACACUCCACCUGCACGACGUGCGCCAACUGGCCAAUCGACGGUCAGCGGAGCACCUGUCGACCCAGCCAUUAUAUCUUCUCAGCUUGCCCGUCCAGACAAACCUGUCGCGGACAAGAAGCCGGCUUUGAGUGCAAAUGCUAAGGGCGAAGUCGCUACACCUCCAACCACAACCGAAUCAAGUGUCAUCGCGACUCCAGAUUCCAAGCCUGCUGUACCAAAGGCUACUCCUUCUGCGACUAACACGGUUUCUCCUAAGGUUACUGCUGAGGGAAGUAUCGAGCGCGAUGUUGCAGGCGCAUUCAGAACUUUCGCUCUGCGCGAACGAACACGGGUCGAGAGUGCUCGAAUCAGCAAAGCCAGAAAUGACAAGGAGCUAAAACUGAGUGACUUGAAGAAGUUUGCAGAUUCUUUCAAGCUCAAUACACCCGUCCCCGAGGAUCUGAUUCCUAUAAUUGCAAAGGAUCCAGUGCGGCAACAAGAGAUUAAGGAAAAUGCAAAGCGCAACGCUGAGGCCAAACCUAGCCCAGCAGAAUCUGCGAAGCCUAUUGCACCAAUCCCCGAUGCAAAGGCUGCUUCGCAGCGUCCAGUACCCUCUCACGGAACCCCAUCGUCCAACAUGCCUAAUCGGCAGACCCCAAAUCGCAAUGCUGGAUUUCCCAACCAAGGUGGUUACAAUUCUCAGAACUUCCGUGGUGAUCGAUCUGCACAAGGUCAACAAAUUCCCGUUCAGCAGGGUCGGGGUGGGCCAGGCAAUUUGGGAGCUCGUCUGAGAAGCCUGGAGCAGCAAAAGCAUAAUCAAAUGCCACUUAAUCCUAUGCCAAUUCACGAGGCUCGCCUGCCACCUACCGGUCCUUCCAACGGAGUCGACCCUAACUUCUCUCGACGGUCCAGUGGUGUCAACAGUGCCCAGGGAGGCCGGUUGAAUCCAAUGAUAAGUGAAUUCAGACCAAGCCCAUUUGCGGCUUCGUUUAAUCCUAAUGCAAUUCCAAGCAGCGGCUCUAGUCCUAGAACAGCUGCUAAUGCCGUCGAGACUCCGGUACCUGCACCAAUCGCUCGGUCACUGCUAAAACGCAAACCAAUCCCUGCAUCAGAACGUCCGUCAUUAGAGGCAAAGUUCGACGCUCUUGAACACAUCAUGUCAAUCAAACCAGGCCCAGGAAGGGAUUGGAGUAAGAGCGGAGGGCUGAAGCCUGCUUUUGACACUCCUCCAACUUGGAGACAAGUCGCCGACGACGAGAAGCCUGGUUCAACCAUGCAUCAGACGUAUAAGAAGCUGUUCGAAGAGGCUCCAUUUGCAAACCAAGCAAUGUCUUCGCCAAACCCUUCACAUGCGGUCCCACCGGUCCCUCAUCAACACCAACUUCCAUUCCAUCUUCAACAGGGUGUCCAUAACAUGAACCAGCGGCAAUCUCCUCGACAACCUUCCAUGAACUUACCGAAUCAGCAUGGUCAUGGGCCUGCGCCAUCCUUCAAUGGACCCGACGAGCAUCGCAUGAUGCCAUCGCAAUCGGCGCAAUCCUUCGCCUCUCCUCGCCUUCACAAUAUUCCUGUUGCUGCAUACCCGUCCCCCAUGAAUCAAUCGGCUCAGCUGUACAACCCACAAAUGGUACCCUUUCCAGGCGGUGGGCCACCCUUGUAUCCAAAUCGUUCUCUUUCUGGAAGUCAUCAAUUCAUACCCCAGCAGACUCACAUGGGACCGACCAUUAUGAUGCAAAAUCCAACGAACGGUUUUAUGACUUCCCAGGGUAUGGCACCUGGUCCUCAGAUGAUGUAUCCACCAGGGCAACAGGGUCACUUUAUACCCCAGGGUAAUGGGCCGCCAAUCAUGCCUGUCAACGGCUAUCCAAGUCCAGGUAGAGGAGCCCCAAUGAUGAUGAGUCAAGGCUCUCAACAAGGCCAUCAACAACCGCCUAUGUUUGGUGUCAAUCCUGGUAUGAGCCCAGGUCCUCAAUAUGGGCAACCUGUCUAUGCUCAAGCGCCACCUAAUCAAAUGCAAAUUCGUAACGGCUAUCCUGGCGGUCCAAAUCAUUUCGGCGCUAGCCCGCAGCAGCAAAUGCACCAGUUCGUACCGCAGCCACGAAACAAUCAUCAAAAUGGUGGAAAUUACAACAAUAAUAACAAGAACUUUCAGCCCCAUAAUCAACAACACGCAAACGUUUCACCGGCCAACCCAGCAUCCAACGGAUCUCAACCUCGGGCAUCUGAAGGACCCGAAGAAGCGAAAUGA